AAUGUCAGUUAGGUUAAGUGUCAUUUUUUAAAAUACUAAAAUUAAGACACUUAUAAGUGUAAAAAGUAGGAGAAAUUUCUUACCGACUGAAACAGAACAACAAUGGCUACACUUCAGCAUGAGUUGACGUUGUGAAAUCAACCUCUGUAAUAUUUUUAUUUGUAAGUCUAAUUUUUAAUUUAUUAAUUAUUAUUAAUAUUUGCAAAGUUCUUCAUUAAAAAAUAAUUCUUCACGUCUAAAAAUUGCAAGUUGGAUGUAAAUUGAUGCUCGAUGAACGAUGGCACGAUCAUCAAUAUCAUCAUCAGACCCGGUGUCAUCAUACAUGGACGGUGUCAAUGUCAAAAUAGCAGAAGCUUAUAAGCCUCCUAGGAAAGUAACACUCCCAGCAGCUUACAACAACAAAUUUCCAGAUAUCACUCGUUAUAAUUAUGAUUUUAGCGUUGAAAGGUCUAUUCUAAAUAAGCUGGAAGAAUGGCGGAAAGCGAGGAAAGAAAAUAAAGAAGCGCGAGAACAACGUAUAGAAGAAAGGAAGAAACGCGAGCAAGAAAAAGAAGAACUGACUAAAAGUAACUCGCCGUCAUCUCCAGAAGUACUUCCACUGCCAGUUAAAGUUGCUCCAGCACCCAAGACUACUAUACUUACUCCCCAGCCGCUGUCUCCGCCCUGCGAUCUCCAGGAUAUUGAUCUUAAUGUCAAGUCCAAUGGGCUAGACUACGCGGACUUUGACAACGAUACGUCUAGUCCUUUUGAUAAUAUGGAAUUGAAGACCAUUAAUGAUAUGGAGGAACUCGCUCAGGUUUUACAACCAACAUCACAGUGGGUACCACCAGCUCGAAUAGAAAACAUACUUAAAGAACUAACUUUAGAGACCAAACUUAAUGAAAGCAAUCAUCACAACGACACGGACACUAUCAACAAACUAGAAGAUAAAAAUGACAACAACAAUUUUGAAUCUAAAAGAAGAAACAUUUCUAUAAUUGUCGAAGAAUUAGAACGCGAGUUAGAGCGCUCACAUAUGGAGAACUGGAAACCCUGGCCAGACCUAGAGAGCCCGGAUUUAUCUAACACAAAUAAUAAAGAGUUGGUGAGCCAAGAAUCAACAGCAAUAACAAACGUCCUGUCCAGCUUAUCAUCAGACGAGGACAGGAAGCUAGCGAAGCACUUGAGCGACAUGGGAUUCCCGUUAUCGCGCGCAGCGCGCGCGAUCAGUGAUCUCGGUGGUAAGGAUAAUAAGAAAGUUGUUGAAUAUUUACUAGCCGUCCAGUGCUUAGAGGACAUGGGAUUGCCCGGAGAUGACGCUGAGAAAGCCCUGGCACUCAAUGAGUACGACCAGGAGCGGGCUAAGAAGUAUCACGAUAACUUGUCUACUCUAAAAGAUCUUGGAUUUUCGGAGGACGAGGCUUCCAAGGCCCUGCUCAAUUGUGAUAACGACCGCGAUAAAGCUCUAGAUUACUUGUGUGCGUAGCUUACUUUAAUAAUAUCGGUCUAAGUAUAAAUAAAAUAUUAAGUAGACUCUUUUAAUUAAAUAGAAUUAACCAGCUUGCUACUCUUUAAGCCGAUUUUACGUACUUUAAUAUCAAUUAAUUGAUUAAUAAUAAAUAAAUAAAUUACUAAAGUAGUAUUGAGUAGUCACUGAAGGCUGAUUAAUUGCUUUAAAUUUGUACAUUCACCGACAAUCUUUAUAAAUAAAUAACUAAUUUUAA